UUAAGCAACUCGCUUCAACAUGAUGGCCUCGAACGGAACGGCGGUUAAUGGCGGCGAGUCUAUUAAUGGAAGUGCCGAGGAAAAGAAAGUCUUCACCUUCAGCCCGCAGCCCACCGUGGAAGACAUCCGACGCAUGCAAGCGGAGUUCACCGACGAGCGCGACUGGAAGCAGUUCCACCAGCCCCGCAACCUGCUGCUGGCCAUGGUCGGGGAGGUGGGCGAGGUGUCGGAGCUCUUCCAGUGGAAGGGCGAGGUGGCCGAGGGCCUGCCGGACUGGAGCGAGGCCGAGCGGGAGCAGCUGGCCCACGAACUCAGCGACGUGUUCAUCUACCUGGUGGAGCUGGCCGAGAAGUGCCGGGUGGAUCUCCCCCAGGCGGUGCUGCGCAAGAUGGCCCUCAACAGGAUCAAGUACCCCGCCAGCAAAGUGCACGGCUCGGCCAAGAAGUACACGGAAUAUGACGACUGAUGCUUCUAGAAAGUCAGACUUUGGUGGGUGCGGUGGUCGUCUCAUGCUGCUCAUGUUUUUUGUUUGUUUUUGUUUUAACCUUUUUUUUUUUUUUUUCUCGGUUAAAUUACUUUUUUUUUUUUUUACUGCUGUUAAACCCUGUUAACACAUACAAAGUGACAAUCAGCCACUAUGAGAGUUGAUUUUAAACAUUGAAAAAAUAUAUUUAAAAGGGUAUUAAAAUGUUACUUGUUAUGACAUUUGCCUAUAAGGGCAUGAACAUCACUGGAAUGUAACAGGACUACUUUUUGUUCUUGAGUUUUUCCCCAUACACUUAAAACUGUCUGCAGAGAUAAACCAAAGUAAAAGU